AUUUAGGGGUCAUAAGUAUGCCGCGUUGUAAGAGGCAAUGAAGUCAAGGUCACUUGGCCUUAAAUUUCUCCUUACGAGAGAACUCUCAGCAUUUUUGAAAGAUAUUCAUGAUUUAAGUGCAUGCCCCUCAGAAUUGAAAAAUGAAAUAAACCGAACCCUUGAGAAGGAGUCAACUGUUGCUUUUUCGGUGAUAAAUGACUGUUAUAACUUAACGAGGAAUUUACCUGCAGACUUUAACAGAGAUAUUCACAUUCCGUUUUGGCGUAUUUCCCUACUUACAUCGGUGGUGUUUCCGGAAACUAGAAAGCCUCGCAGAGACGCAACUUUUGAUGCCCACUUCAGCGAAUUGAAACUGAAGUAUGACAACAGUUAUUAUGAUAAAAUGACUAGAGAUGUUGGGUCGCCUCUAGUAUUCUCAGCUGCAUCCAAAGCCAAAGGGACUUGUCUCUCAGAAUUCAAAUGCGUUAGCAAGCAACUUGUUAUGGUUCUCAAUUUUACAUUCAUUGUUGCUUCAGGUUUCGCCUUCGGCUAUUUCCUCCCUGACCUAAUAUCUAAUAAAAACCCAGUAUCUCUAUUUUCACGUAUUGUGUGCGCAUUUUUCUGUUCGUUAAUUGUUUUGUUCGCUGACCUGUACUUCCUGGUUCGGAAUUUUAGUUUGUUAGAAAAAGUUUAUGGGUGACACCUUAUUUUUAGCGUGCACUUACAUACUGUACGCAGAUUUCCCUAAUAAUAACUUUUCUAAUCUUCA